GCUCGCUGAUUGGCUGUACUACUUCAGAAGCGAAACGCGAUUGGUUUAGAGACCUGUCAAUCGGACUAGCAAUAGACGGGUACCCAAGACGGCAGGGUUGCGCGUGUGCCUUCCCAGGUCCUGGCAGCACCAUCCGGCGAGGAGGCGAGGACGCUGGACGCCUGUUUUAUGACUGCAAGGAACACUGGAUGUUUUUAUUUUGAAUUCUUCUUCACUGGAUAUACAUGCCCACGAUUUUGAGCGCGAGAAAGCGACACGCCGGAGAACGAGCACGUCGUUAUUGAUGGGGGAAAUAAGUUGAAGGCUUCGGAAGAAUGUUUUCCUUGUUCCAGGAAAACGGAUUGCUCUGCUGAGCAGCGUGAUGGGUGUUUCGAGGGGAUUUUGACAUUUGGAGAGGAUCUGGGGCUAUCCAUCUACAGCUUCGGGCUGGAGCGCAAAUGAAAACGGCAACAGAGCGCCAUACUGCAAAACAAGCUUCCCGGAUCGAUACAGUGUAGCAGUCUUUUCGCACGGGAGAAUUGCGCGUUUUAAUGUAAAUGUAAACAAGCUGGCGAGCAAGUACCAAAUCAGCAACGGUGGCCUGAUCCACGUAACUUCUGCAAACUGCAUGCAGCCCUGGCGGUGGAAACAGGGCUGGAUGAGCCCAAAAUGGCAAAUAUGAAGAAAUCUAAAAGAUGAAUGUUGCAUUUCCGCCGUAACUUGUACUAUUCACCUAAUUUCCAUUUCCAUACAAGCCCGAAUUUCGAGCGAAGCAAGGUGCUCCUCAUGCCUCCAACAUGAGGGAGAUUUAAGGCCGUGCGGAAUUGAUUUAUUAUGGGGGGAGCGCAUUAUUUUGAUUUGAUCCCUCUCUCCUUUUUUACCUUUCUUUUGUUUACCCUCCGCGAGAGGUUUCUUGGAUGUCCGAGAUUGUCAUUUUGCUAGUCUGGAACGUAUAACGCGAAAGAUCCUCCGAAGUAGGUCAGAUCAAAGCUGGAGAGUUGUUAGUAUGACACCUUUUCACACUCAUCUUGAUGUAUGGCGGACAUUUAUGCUUUGAUUUGACCCGUCGUUUGGCUCCAUGACAGCCAAAUGAGAGUUUGACAUCUUGGCAGCCUGCCUCUCCAUCUCGUUCGCCUCUUUGUUUUGUUUUUCCACCUCUCAUUUCGGGCUGUUGAGUGAGUGAAUGGCUCUGUGCGGAGCGGCCGCUGCAGCCCCAGCGCAAGUUCAAGCCGCCGCCGCGGCCGCUGUGAAGGCGCAUCAUCACCACCAACACUCGCAUCACUUACAACAACAGCUGGAUAUAGAGCCGGACAGACCGAUCGGAUACGGAGCUUUCGGUGUGGUUUGGUCAGUGACAGAUCCCAGAGACGGCAAACGCGUGGCCCUCAAAAAGAUGCCCAAUGUCUUCCAAAACCUCGUGUCCUGCAAGAGGGUUUUCCGCGAGCUGAAGAUGCUUUGUUUCUUCAAGCACGACAAUGUGCUGUCAGCUCUGGAUAUUCUGCAGCCUCCACACAUCGACUACUUUGAGGAAAUUUAUGUGGUGACGGAGUUGAUGCAGAGUGACCUCCAUAAAAUCAUCGUGUCUCCACAGCCCCUGAGCUCUGACCACGUCAAAGUCUUUCUCUACCAGAUCCUCCGAGGACUGAAGUAUCUACACUCAGCUGGCAUUUUGCACAGAGACAUUAAACCUGGUAACCUGUUGGUUAACAGCAACUGUGUGCUUAAGAUUUGUGACUUUGGCCUGGCAAGAGUGGAGGAGCUGGACGAGUCGCGUCACAUGACCCAGGAGGUGGUGACGCAGUACUACAGAGCGCCAGAGAUCCUGAUGGGGAGCAGGCACUAUUCCAACGCCAUCGACAUCUGGUCUGUGGGCUGCAUCUUUGCCGAGCUGCUUGGCCGACGCAUCCUCUUCCAGGCUCAGAGUCCCAUCCAACAGCUGGACUUGAUCACAGAUCUGCUGGGGACUCCGUCUCUGGAGGCCAUGAGGACGGCGUGUGAGGGGGCCAGAGCUCACAUCCUGAGAGGACCACAUAAACAGCCCUCACUUCCUGUCCUGUACACUCUGUCCAGUCAAGCAACCCAUGAGGCCGUUCACCUUCUCUGCAGGAUGCUGGUCUUUGACCCAUCGAAGCGGAUCUCUGCAAAAGAUGCACUGGCACACCCAUAUCUGGACGAGGGGCGUCUGCGGUACCACACCUGCAUGUGCAAAUGCUGCUACACCACUUCCUCUGGCCGCGUCUACACCAGUGACUUUGAGCCUGUCACUAACCCCAAGUUUGAUGACGGCUUUGAGAAAAACCUGACGUCAGUUCGGCAGGUCAAAGAGAUCAUUCAUCAGUUCAUCCUGGAGCAGCAGAAGGGGAAUCGGGUACCGCUCUGUAUCAACCCCCAAUCAGCUGCCUUCAAAAGCUUUAUCAGCUCAACAGUAGCUCAGCCCUCUGAGAUGCCUCCAUCUCCUCUAGUUUGGGAGUAGCUGAGGACGGCGGAGAAGAUGGCGUUGAUAACAGUGGUGGUGGACAUCCCUCCGGCAGCCCGUCCCGCGCCCACCCCUCGCCCUCCUGGACUACUGACCCCCAGACAUCCCCAAAACCUGCGUAGCAUUUCACUGGAGUCUAGGACUAGCCAUGUCGCUGAUGUGUGUGUGCGUACUGUAAUACUUACUAAAUGGAGUUUUAUAGAAGCAACCACUGCUGAUGAGUUCAAGCGGGACACGGGACGGGUGGGCAUGGUCACAGGGGGUCCGUUCGUUCAUACCCACUGCUCUGUAGUAGUAUACUAAAGGUUUGUGAAGGGUACGAACCUGUACUUUCGGCAGACGAAGUCGAGCCCUGUGGACUUGAAUGUAUUUUGAACAGCAGGGCGGCAGAAUCUGUGCAGUAUCCCUGAAGGAAAACUCAUCACGACUAUGUGUGCGAGUAAUCAUGCUUUAUUUAUUCAUGGAAACAGGAAGUGCAGUGCUUCAUGUAGUAUGGAAAGAAGGCAAGUUCCUCUGAAUCUGUCUUUCGUUCACGCUAGAACCAGGGUCG